GCUGGAUGUGAAGAUGGGGCACACUUUGCUCUGUGUGCUCUCAUUAUUCUUGCUGAACACACUCCUCUAUGGAGACGGUCAAGCCAGUACACGCAAGCCCACACUGACAGCAGAUAAAACAAGCAUACCAGCAGGGGGCAGUGUGACACUGACCUGCUCUGUGGAGGACUCCAUUGGCUGGAGAUAUGACUGGUUCAGACGCACCUCACAGUCUUCUGCAGCCAAGCUCAUCAAACGCAGUUCCUUACACCACACAAUCAGUGUCUCAGAGGGAGGCAUCUAUCACUGCAGAGGAAGAGGAGUAAAACAGGUUUACUACACAGAGGACAGUAAUGCAGUCACAAUUGAAAAAAUAGGCGAGUGCAUUUUCAACAAGGCUGUUGUAACACAGCAACCCAACUGGUCUGAGAUAUACAGAGGAGAGACGAUCACUGUCAGAUGUGAGAUCCAGGGAGGAGGAGACACUGAGUGGGAGUAUGAAUGGGAAACAACCACCUCAUUCAAACCUUCAAAUCAACAUGAACACAGGAUCAGUUCUGCUUCAUCAUCCCACAGUGGAGACUACUGGUGUAAGGGCAGAGUGAAAAGUUCACAACAUAGAACAACAGAGUGGAGUUCUUCAGUCAGACUGACAGUGUAUGACAAUAAACCUCGGCCUGUCCUCACUGUGUCUCCAUCAUGGCUGAGUCCUGGAGCCUCAGUAACUCUGAACUGUGAGGUUGAACAUCCAUCUGCAGGAUGGAGGUUCUACUGGUAUAAGACUGUUCCUGAUCUGUCACUCUACUACUACAGCUAUAAGCUGUUACCUGGUAACAGCAGAGGGACUGAACAGGAUUCCUACAUCGUUCAUGGUCAGACACACACAGCAGGAUAUGUGUGUAGAGCUGGAAGAGGAGAUCCAGUGUUUUACACUGAGAAUAGUGAACCAAAGUUUGUCUGGUCUGGAGGUCAGUUUGUUGUCACCAAACAAAAUGUUAAUAUUGGAGGCUUUUGUAAUAUCUCUGUGGUUGAUUUGACUCCUCAUUGUUGUUUUUCAGAUCGUCAUCCAGCAGCGUCUCUCACAGUGAAUCCUGACAGAGUGCAGCACUUCGCCUCUGACUCUGUCUCACUGAGCUGUGAGGGAAACUCUACUGAGUGGAGAGUGAAGAGGUUUCCUGAACAUGGCUACCAGUCAGACUGCUCUGACUGGAGGAGAAUGACUGGAUCCACAUGUAACAUGAGGCUUUACUGGUAUGGUAAUGCAGUGUACUGGUGUGAGUCUGGAUCAGGAGAAUUCAGCAAUGCAGUCAACAUCACUGUAUGGGGUGAUUAUUAUUAUGGUAUUAUCCUGGUGAGCCCCGUCCAUCCUGUGACUGAGGGAGAGUCUGUUAGUCUUGGCUGCAGAUUCAGGACUGAAAAAAAUCUUUCCAGUGUGUUUUUCUAUCACAAUGACAAACUCAUCCAAAGUGAUACCAGACAGGAGCUGAAUAUCUCUGCAGUGUCAAAGUCAGAUGAAGGUUUCUACAAGUGUCAGUGGUCAGAAAGAAAGUCAGCACAGAGCUGGAUGUCAGUUAAAGUUGCAGUGAUGGAACCUAAAAGCUCUUCAUCUCCUGUGCUGCUGAUCGUUCUGCUGCUUUGUGGAAUAGUAUUGAUUAUUCUCCUGCUGCUGUGUUGCUGCAGAAAGUCAACAGAUCCAUGUUGGAACAGGUUCGUACAGCACUCUCUCUUCUCUCAUCUCCAGCUUAGAAACAGCAUCACACUUUACACCUUCUUUUCUAAAGGUGUACAUUUAACAUUUUUUGCCAAUUACUGCUACUACUGAUUUAUUUUUAAACUACAUGUUUCAG